UGAGACCAUUGGGAGGAGGUGGCCGCCAGCAGGGCUGCUGCUCUCAGAGAGCCGUUGGUGCUCCCCUGUCACUCCGCACAUCAUUAAGCCGUUGCACAGACACCAGCUGACAGAGAAGCUGACUAUGUAACCCAGAAACUCUGAAACAUUUUCCAGCAUUCACACUUCGGGAUUUUCCUCUUCGUAUCGGGACAUUAAGGAUGGUCUGAAAAUGGCUAAGCGACCCGGAGGUAAGGAGGGGACUCUGUCUUCUUCUUCGCCGGCCAUUCUUCGGAAUUUGAACCGCGGAGACGUGAGUAUGGACUGCGGCGACGGAUCCGAGGACUUGUCACUGGAAGAAAUCCUGAUUCUGUACAGCCAGCCGAUAAACGAGGAGCAGGCAUGGGCAGUGUGCUACCAGUGCUGUCGGACUUUAGCGCAGAAACACAGACGGAGAGGCUUAUCCAAGGCAGCGGGCGCCUCCGCGGUGGACUACCCGAGGAGGAUCGAGGGACCUGGGAAUGUCAGGAUUGGAAGAGACGGGGCUGUCAAGCUGCACUUUGAAGACAGCACAGAUAAAUACCAGUCGGCCUGCACGUCAUUAGAGGUUAUUGACUCCCUGGGUGUCAUGAUCUACAAAGCUCUGGAUUAUGGGCUCAAAGAGAACGAAGAGAGAGAGCUCAGCCCCCCAUUGGAGCGACUGAUCGAUAUGAUGACUAACACAAAGGAAAUGGAGAGCGACCCCCCUGAUGAGGGCUACGAAGCCACGGAGGACGAGUGCGAGGAAGACAACGGGGAUGAAGAGCUUGUCUCCGUAACGUCCGACAGCGCAGUGAGCAGCAUCCAGAGUUAUAGAGACAUCAUCUUGAUAUGUUCAUCCCACCUGCCGAGCCCAUCUGAUGCUCCAAACCAUUACCAGGCGGUGUGCAGGGCUCUUUAUGCCGAGACAAGGGAGCUGCACACUUUUCUGGAGAAGAUUAAAUGUGCCAAGGAGAACCUUCGGAAGAUGGGAGGUGAGACUCAGGAGGAGCCUGAGAAAGACCUCAAUGAGCUGCAAAAUGCUGACUGGGCCUGCUUCUGGGUGCAGGUGAUGCGCGAUCUACGAAACGGUGUAAAGUUAAAGAAGGUCCAGGAGCGGCUGUACAACCCGCUGCCCAUAGAAUACCAGCUCACGCCGUACGAGAUGCUGAUGGACGACAUCCGCUCCAAACGCUAUAAGCUGAGAAAAGUCUUGGUGAAUGGAGACAUCCCUCCACGGUUAAAGAAGAGCGCACAUGAGAUCAUUCUUGAAUUCAUCAGAUCACGGCCUCCUCUUAACCCAGUUUCAGCUCGUAAGCUCAAGCCCCAUCCUCCACGUCCUCGGAGCCUCCACGAGCGACUGCUGGAAGACAUCAAAGCUGAGAGGAAGCUCCGGCCGGUUUCACCAGAUAUGAUUCGAAGGAACCGCCUAGUCAUGCGACCUCUAAGCAUGUCUUACAGUUUUGACUCAUCAGGUGCAGGGAAAAGCAUCAGCACCCCUCAGGAUUUGUUUCGCAGUUCAGACACUCCUGAUGGACAGAGGAAGUUGGCCGGCAGCACCCACUCUCUGGCCAGUGGGAUCACAGGAACCCCUCAAAGAGCACAGCAGCUGACCCAGAGGAAGAGGCUGCUCAAAGCGCCCACGCUGGCUGAACUGGACAGCUCUGAAUCUGAUGAGGAGCCCACAAAGAGCAGCUCCAGUAUGUCCACAUCUUUAUUGGAGGACACGUCUCCUGAGGCUGUUGUAGAGAAGAAACCAACUCUGAAGUUCCUGCCCGUCUCCGCCACCUCUCAGCCAGACAAGCACCAGGCUCUUCAGAGGCGACACUCUGUUGAGAGGGAGGCGACUACGUUUGUUCGGGCAUUUGCACCACCAUCCAGACAGAGCUCGAAGUCAUUGGUGGAAGCAGCCGGCGGUGCUCGGGUCACGGAGGAGUUCUGUUAUCCUGUGGAGUGCCUGACGCUGACGGUGGAGGAGGUGAUGCAUAUCAGACAGGUUCUGGUCAAGGCAGAGCUGGAGAAGUUUCAGCAGUACAAAGAAGUCUACAACGCUCUGAAGAAAGGAAAGCUUUGCUUUGCAUGUCGAAUUAAAAAGUUUUCCCUCUUCACCUGGUCCUACACCUGCCAGUUCUGCAAAAGGCCAGUGUGUGCCCAGUGCUCAAAAAAGAUGCGGCUACCAUCUAAGCCCUAUUCCACUCUGCCCAUCUACUCUCUGGGUCCCAGUGCAGUAGCUACAGAUAACGCUCGUGCAGCUGCGGCCCCACCUGAGCCAGAGAAACACGCGUCCGGGUCUGGAUACGGCAGACACAGUCUACGCCGAAGGUUGUCCAAGCACAGCAGCAGCAAAGACGGGCAGUCGCACGACGAGCUGGAGCUCCCUAAAGAGCUGACAGAGGACUGGGUCGCCAUGGAGGUCUGUGUGGCCUGCAAAAAGUUCAUCACAGAGAUCAUCUGCUCUAACAAGCGCAGCCUGUCGGUGGCGUCAAAGAGGGCCCGCCUGAACCGCAAAACCCAAUCCUUCUACGUGGCGUCGUCUAAGUUGAACAACUUCCAGCCUGUGGAGCGCCCUAUUAAUGAAGUGUAGGAUGGAACCGGUGCACUUUAAUCCAAGUAUCUCCAAAGGGUUGGACUGCUAUUUAAGAAAAAUCCAAAUUUGACAUGUACUGCAAUAAAACAAAUUGUAGAAGUUGCCAUGCAAAUCUGGAAGUAGUAUCCCACUCAGGAAAAGUUGCAGUCUUGAAAUUAGCUGUUAUGCUAAUGGAAUAUGUGGAAAAGAUCCCCAUGUCCACUCUGGGCCUGUUUCGCUUCCAAAAGCCCUAGGAACCUCGUUAGAGUCCAUGACUCAAACUUGGGACUACAUGAUGCAGAGAGCCAAAAGUUGUAGUGAUAACAUGUAAAUAUUGCAGAGUCCCAAUCAAUGUCAUUUGACGAUAAGCUUUUCCAGUUCCCGUUUACUUCUUGCACUCAGGAAGAUCAACCGACAGAAAUGCACUGUACAGCCUCAUGUCAGGUCUGCAGGGGCAGAUCUCCGCCUCUCUCUCAUCUCUUCCAGCAGCAAGUUUUAUUUUUGCCAAACGUUUCACGUUCUCAACCAGAUCAAAUGAGUUUUUGCUGUUAUCUCAAAUCACUGAGGGACUCAGAUGGCCUGUAUUUUUCUGGGUGUUUUUUUUUUUUUUUUUGUAUUUAAGCUAAAUGUAUAUUCAUUUCCGUGCAAGGUGCCAAAGUGUAAUUUCUCUGAAUGCCUUUGUAGCUACAGACCUGUUGUAGAUAUGUCAUAAACUAAAUGAGAGUAUCUUUAUCUUCUCACCCCGCUGUGCUCCAAAGUGGGCAGCAGACACCUACAUGAAGGGUUUUAAAUUGUGUACAGGAGGCUGUAUAUCCAUAUCGUUACAAAAUCAAAUUUAAAAUUAACAUAUAUGGUCAAGAUAUAAUUUUACUAUAUUCAAGACUACUCCCUCUACAGUUGCUUUAUUUAAAGCUUUAAAAAAAAAAAAUUGCAUUAUGUUAUGUGAUUUACUUUUGGCAAGGUUUAUAAAAUCCUGGGUUAACAUGCUGGUCAAGAUUUUAUUUAACACUUUAUUUAGAUCAAAUUAUUGCUCGUUUGGUUUUUAUCUAAAAUAAUGAUUAUGUAAGCUAAGAAAAAUCAGUGCCAUUUUAAGGUCUCUUAUAAAUACAAUAAAUGUUUGGAUAGCUGCUGGUUGUUUCAAGGCAAAGUAUUAGGGAUCGCUGCACAGAACUGAAUGUAGACAUUUUAAGAUUUUGCUUUUAAGAGCCUAUUUCCCUUUGAAAUUAUUUUCGUAACAGUUCCAUGCACACAUCACCAAAUGGAUACGAAGCUUAACCAGCCUGUUUAAUAAAUUAUGAUGCCAUGUUAAACAGAAAAGAACAAAACAAAAGGAAGCAAUCCAUAAGUCCAGUUUUAUUUCGGAGCUCUGUAAGCAAUCUGUGCAUGCUGUACUGAGAACUGUCUGUUUUUAUCAGAGAAAUUAUAAUAAAAUCAUCAUGGUUCUUAAAUUUGA